CCAAAGGAUGUCUCUGCUCUGCCAUAACAUUGAUAAUGUAACAACACACUGUGAACAGCCGAAUAUUAGCUUAUUAAAGAAUAAAGGUAUAAAUGCCACAUGCUGGAUUGAACAUGAUAACAUGCGAGGCAUCACCUGUUAGAAACUGAACAAUGGUGCGGCAGUGUGUAGUAAGAAAAUUAAGUAAUUUUAAUUGUCUUACAGUUUUUUUAUUAAGUGAAAGUGUGCAGCAAACAAUAAUAAUUAUUUCAGUUGCCAUUAUGUUGCAUAAAAGUUGACUCCUCUACAGUCAUUACGCGAUGGACACUUGUGUGAUAGCAAUCUUUCAAAAAUUCGCCCAGUGCGAUACACUUCUAUUUGUUGUAUCAUGUAUGAUUGAAGUCUGAUGCUAGUGUAAAAGGUUAUUCGAAUGUGGACUGCGAAAUUUUGAAGCUUUUGUCAUGGUGUAUGCGAAGGAAUACUGCGUUCUUCGGAAGUCAGUAAGCGUGAAUUCGGGCACGGGUUCCCGGUUGAGAAAGGACCUACCAUAAACGUUCUCUGGAUUCAAGUCCUGCUUAGACAUUUGCAAGUGCCGGAACAGGCAAUUGUCUCACCAUGUCGAAAAAAGGUCAUAAAAAUAACAACGUGGUCAAGCUGCGGCAAGGACCGACAGUUCCCACUCCAGUCCAGGAAGCCAUCGACCACGCUGUCGAUCAGCACCAGCGUGAACAUAAUCUUGCAGAGUACGAAGCGGCUGGCGGAAAUUUUAAUAAUCUUCGUGGAGAAGCCCUUCUUGCGUACCUUGACCUGCAAGCACAUAAACAGAAGAGGCAAACGAAUAAAAUAUACCAAGAACUUAACGAGAUUGUCAACAGAAUUGGCGAUCAUCUCAAUGCCAGCGGCUUCUUGGCAUCCAUCAGCGGUGAUCACACUCUGGCCGAUGAAAAGCAAACGGCGUACUUCCGAAUCAUUACGGAAUGUCAAGGCAAAGAAGCGGGAAUUCAGGCUAACAUCGAAGACUACAUUGAUCUGCAUCUUGCCAAAUCAAAACAUCAGUAUGAUGUCAUGAAAGAAAUCGAGCAAUGGUUCCACGAGCUUUUAGCGGAUAAGUCAAUGGAAAGAGAGUUCAACGCUGAGUUGGAAAACAUCAAAGAGCGUCAUCGCGAACAGAGCAUUUCAAAAGAGACCAUCGAAGAUACAAUCAGCAAAAUUGGUGAUACGGGUCAAAAACUGAAGCACAUUGGAGAAAUACUGGCGUUAAGCUCGGCAAGUGGAAUUAAAAUCACCGAUGGACCACCACCUGAGAAGGAAGACACCAUUUUGAUGACUAUUCCGUCGGAAAACAGCAAUGACCUGCAAAUUCGCAUAACCGUCACCCUGGAUGAUGAAGCGCUGUUCCGUGAUGUGACUCUACUGCAGACGGCUCAACAAUAUCUAAAGGGUUUGGUGUUCUAUGGAGCGGCUGCUAAACACAAGAACAAAGCGGGAAAACGAAAGGUCACUAGACUGGCGCUCCAGCAGUUAGAUGCCAUUUACAAGGUCAUCGAGCGUUUACGGGAAGUUCAACGGAAACAUACUCAUGAACUAGGUGCUUUGGCCGCGAAGCUGGAAGAUACGAUGCAGCAGAAGGAUAUCAUGAACCGUGAAAAUGAGCGGUAUAGGAUCGAUACAAAGGAGACCGAGGAGAUGCUGAAUAAAAUCAUAAAAGAGCAUGAUGCGCUAAAAACCGAGCAUGUCAAAACAAUCGCGGAUAUUCGAGAAUGUCGUAGACGCUUAUCUAGUGGGCAACCAGGGAACGUCGGAAGUGUUACUGAAGAAGAAGAUCGUGAUCGUGAGCCGAGUAAAGGUAACGAUCGAGCGCAUGGUUCCAAAGGAUCUAAAGCAAAAGGUCAGGAUCAAAGUAAAUCAGAAAGAGCCAAAAGUCAAGGCACCCGUGCGGCGACACCAGGCGGAACUCACGAAUCUCACGUUCGUGAAGAUUCACAGAGCAACGAGCAUGAAGACACUUCCCAUAGUGUAAGCGAUGGAGCUCAAAAAAAUCCUCACGAGCAGCCGGCCAAGGGAUCAGCUGCUCCUCCCGUUUCCACUGUAACGAAAAAAUCUGGCGGUCCCAGAAAGGCAAGUGUAGUCGAACAAAUCCGCAAGCAUCACGAACCCGAAGCAGUUGUCGCGCACGAACCGUCGACUGGUCACGGCACUCGUCCAAAGUCUGUUGGUCAUGAGCAUCCGCCGGCGGGUCCCAGUGAGGAGGAAGUCGGCGAGCCAGUUAAUCAGACGGAAAGUGAGGUGAAAGAUUAUGAGGCAGAAAAACCUGAUCAAGUUCCACGUAAAAAGAAAGCUGAAGCGAAAAAAGCAUCGCAAGGGCGUCGAAUGAGCCGCGUAACCCCGGAAGAGAAGACAGAAAUGAAAAAGUUAGACCUGCCAAAAAAGAAGGUACAAACAAAAGAGAAAGAAAAAACAGAGUCGAAAACACGGGAAGUUAGUCCUACGGUGGCAUCUCCAAAAAGCCCAGAAUCGACAAGGCAGACGCCGGAAGGUCUGGUAACGCAAAAUACCGGAGAAGCUUCUGUUACUGAUAAAGCGCAACCCAGUACGGGUGGUGACACCAGAGACACUAGUACAGGGUCCAGAAGAAGCGAGGGCAAAAAGAAGGGCGUCGAGAAUGCAAAUACCGAGGAGGAGGAUACAAGCAAAACAAAAGCGGAGAAAAAAAGUCAAGCCGAGGCAGUGGCAAGGGAAUCGCAGGGCGACAGUGAGCCCGAAGAAGAGGAGGAUGAACCACCUCGGUCGCCGGUGCCCCGCCUGCCAAGAGCUGAAGAAGUACAAAUGGCUCACAAAGAAAUACAGACAAAUUUAGCACCAAAAGUAGCGCAAGUUAGCCGGGGAAUACCGGUUCAAGCCUCCUUCAUCGGUGGCUCUGUUCCGAAGACUGAUGUUGAAGUGCAGCCCAGCUUUGCCGAUGCGAAGACAUCAGAACAAGAGGCCCUAGCCGAGGCCCAAGAGCAGCUGGACGCUCAGGAUGAAACGAUUUCACAGCUGAGUGCUAAAAUAGAAGAACUCCAAACCGUUGAAGAGAAAGCCAAAGAGCUUGAGGACUUAAUGCACAGUGUGGAGCGAGAAAAAUCCGAGUUGGAGGUCGCCAUGGAUGAACUGAGAGUGACGCUGAAGCAAGCCGAGGACGAUGCCGACGUGCUACAAUCACGUAUCAAUCAAUUAGAGUACGAAGUUUCAUCACGGGACAGCAUAAUCACGGAUCUUCAGCAUUCGGUCGACACGCUGGAGGAGACCCUGCGGAUACUGCGCGCGAACAAAAUUACGGUGGAAACGUCAACGGUCGGCGUGUUAUUCGGAACUUCUCUUGAUAUUCAGACUGAGGACGUGACACCGCCGGAGGUAAAGGAGGAGUUAAAGCGGCUGAAGUCCAUUUUGGGCCAUUUUCGAAAAUCACUAAUAACGGUGCUAGCCGAAGAAGACCUGGUGGCGGAUAUACCAUCUUUCCCUCAUCAGCUGAAAGAUACCUGGAAUGCCCACUCAGCGGCUGCAGAGAUUACGGAUGAUGUCAGGCAACAUUUUGGCGCGAUCCCGGCCAUUUUUCAGGGUGCCUUCACCAAGCUUCGAGCUGAACAUCGAGCUGCAUUUACAACAGUGCUCGAACAGAAAGCCAGCGAAAUGGAAGGUGACCUCCGCGGAACGGACUCCAGCGAGGAGAUGCGACGUGCCAGAAUGAAACUGCGGCAGCGAGUACUUGAUCUCGAAGUCGAGAACACUCACAUCCGUCAUACGCUCAAGCAACUGAACGAAGUACUGGAACAACGCAGGUCAGAAUUCGACACGCAGCUGGACCAGAAGAAAGCGGAGGUAUCAAAAUAUCGAGACGAACUGAAGCGUAUAAAGGAGCUGGCAUGGACGUUAGCGGAGUCGUUAGCAAAAUUGCGUGAUGAAGCAGUUGCCGCAAUGCCGGAAAGGAAAUCAAUUGUGGAUAUGAUAUCAUUGUUGCGAAGUGCGGAGAAGCGGCUUGGAAAAACUCUUAAAAAGCCACUGCCACAAAAGUUACCAGCUCCACAAAUGCAGGCUCAAGGGGCUCAUCAGGAGACAUUUUUCGACCAUACCGAUGAGUACCCUGAUUCACCAAGAAGCAUGGAAGCACCACGAUCCAGCGUACAUUUCCGUGAUGCACUGCGCAGCAUGGAAUCCAAUUUGCCAGUGAGCCCGUUUUCGGAUGCGGAGUACGUGAUACAGCCGAAACCGGUCAGUUUAGUAAACCGACAAACCUCGGUCAGCUGGACGGUGAUACGAAAACGCAGCCAAGAUCUGGGCAAGCACUACUUUCGCAGUCAGGGCACAACGACGACAGAUCGCAUUAGUCGCUCUUACGUAGAAUAUACCCGGUACAGUUUUGAUCCACAUACUGAAUCUGUACAGUCGGAAACAAGAAAGGUCACCCAGGAACACAAGAUGAUGCAGACCACCGGCCCAGUUGAUUUAUAUAUCAAAGGUAGCGCUUAUACCGGUGCAUUUCCUCGAGCGGAAGAUUGGAACCAAUUCCCAGAACAUUCGUCUAAGAAAAAGAAAGACACCAAGGAAGAUGAAGCAAAAAAGAAGCCAACAACAAAAGGAAAGGAAACCAGUGAGCCAAUUGUAGUUACAGGAACACGGCUCCAGGAAGUCCAACCAGAACUACCACAACCGGUUGGCCCGUUAGAAACAGCUGUUCCAGCGCACGGUCUGAACGCAGAAACAACCACCUACCUGGAUCCCAAAGGAGUUUCCGAAUUUGAGCAACACCGUAACAUUGUUACUACUAGAUUCGAACAGCAGAGAAUCGUUGGACAACAAAUUCGACAUAAGCCACAGUCAGCAGUUCGACCCGAAGUUCCGGAAGCACACCAGCCGCAAGAAAAGGAGAUUCUUCAACAGUCAGCCUAUGGAAAAAAUAGUCAGGCUGAGCGUUCCUUAGAUUCAGCUAUAGCCCUUCUCAUAUCGAUGGAAGCAGAAGCGGUGGAACAGCAAGUGCGCAGUAUCCCAGCUGACGCUAAUUCCCCGCGCAGAACACCAAGAGAAGCGGAUCAAAUUCGAAAAAUUCGGGAUCAUGUUAUGCAUGCAAAGGCUUUGCUUCAAGAACAGCAUGAGCGGGGCAUGCACUACGAGGAGUCGUCAGUUACAGGAGGUGCGCGGCGCAGGUCUCGCUUUGACGGGCGACAUGCAUAUGGCUCGCCAUACUCGGAAGGUGAAUACUAUCGGGAAAGAUCGGAAGGCGGUUUGGAGGUCACCCAAGAUUUGCGAAAUGCGGAGCGGCAGAUACGAGAGGACAUAAAAGAAAUUACGCGACGACGCCAGAGGCGGAGAUCCAGCGGAGGUGGGAUACAACGGGAUUUGAGUAGUCCGGAAUCAGGCAGCAUGUCACCUGCAGAACGAUCUGCCUAUCGCAGACAGCUAAGUCGAACACGGAAAAAUCGAUUAGUGGAAUCCAAGCGGCAUCGACAGCGUCGUGUAUCGGAACUGGAUCAAGCCAUUAACCGAUUUCUUCGGCAAGGUCAGGUUUGGGAUCAGUCAUCCGGUCCGAAAACCAAGGCCUUCCACUCGUCAUUAUCACCCAAAAAGACGCACUAUUCUCCAGAGAAACCAGCUUUAGGAUCGCAUAAGCCCAUUUAUAUUGGCACGAAAGUGGCCAAUCAAAUGCCGCCAGAAUUUACCGCAGUCGGUUUAUCGUUGGAACCAGGAAGUGGAACAGCCGACUUUACAGAAGAGAUGUUGGAAGCUAUGCCACCAGAAUUGGCUUCACGACUUCGAGAUAUGCCUCGCGAUGUUCACGAACUUCCACGCAGUGAUCAUUUGAAUGCCACCAUAGCACAAAAGCUAAAAUUUCUUAAGGAACAAAGGAUAGGUUUGACAGUUGGAUCACCUGAGAAGAUACAAGCAAACCCGUUGAUACGAACGCAUAGGGGGGAGGAGCCGCUGGAAGGUCCCAUAGACACCGCGCUGAAUAAUUUCCCAGAAAUGGGUGUUAUCGGAAGGGGGAUUCCCGAUAAUUCACCGGUGCUGCAGCAGUGGAAUGCUAGCAGCAGUACAGCCAAAUCUAGUGCAGCGACUGCUUCUAUGCCGAUCUCCGUUGAAACCCAGGUUUCUAAUGCACCAAAACCAGCAGAAUCCCAGACACGGACUACCAGCGCAACAAACACUAAAGAAACUGGAAGCAAUAGCUUGGCUGCGCAGUGAAGUGAUCUAAUAAUUAUGAAGAUUUCUUCAGAAUGCAUAUCUCUCGUUCAAUUUAAACGCGCUUUUAUUAUAUGUAUAUGGAUUAUGGAUGCAUGUUGCGAACAGCAAAUAACAGUAGUGCUUUCAUUUUCGACCAACCUUUGUUUGUGGCUUGUACAGCACACAGUUC